AACUAAAAAAAUAAAACUCGAUCGAAUUCAAAUCGAAUAUCAAACUUUGAAUUGAGAAUCGAGCUCAAACUCGAACUUCUUACUGUAUCUGUAUCGACUCGACUUGACUCGAUAUCCGUACUCUGAAUGACAUACGGUGUAUGCAUCCAAAUUCACUGAUUUCACUCCAACUCCAACAUCUUGAGGCGCCUCCGCUCACGGCCGCCGAAUAGUUCAGCACCGGUGAAAUCGUCUUCUCCACGGCGGCCUAUCAACUCUUAAACUGACUAUCUUCUCGUUUCUAAAGACCUAAAAACAAACCAAGGAGAUUAACUCAUUCAUUGGUUAGUAAUGAAACUGCCAUCUCUCUUUGUUCGCCCAAUCGCUCUUUUCCCUUGCAAGACAGCCAAAUUUCAUUCAACCAACUUGUCUUCCUCUGUCUCCCUACUAGAUUUCUCUGUUUCCAAUGAAAUCCACUCCAUUCUCGACACGGUCAACCCCAUGGAACCCGCCUUGGAACCUCUUCUUCCUUUCCUUUCUCCCGAUAUUGUCACUUCCAUUAUCCAAGACCAACCCAAUCCUCAAUUGGGUUUCCGUUUCUUCAUCUGGGCAACACAGAGAAAGCGCCUACGCAGCUAUGCAUCCGUCAAACUCGUCCUCGACAUGCUCCUCCGCAAGGACAAUGCUUUCGAUAUCUACUGGCAAACUCUUGACGAAGCUAAGAAAUGCGGGGUUCUAAUCGCGCCCGACGUCUUUCAAAUCUUGAUUUCGGGGUAUUCGAAAAAAGAUCUCGAUGAAAAAGCCGUGGAGUGUUUCGGGCAGAUGAAAGAUUUCGAUUGCAAGCCUGAUGUAUUUACUUAUAAUGCAAUAUUAUACGUUAUGAUUCGUAAGAAGGUCCUUUUGUUAGCUUUAGCGGUUUAUAAUCAGAUGCUGAAGUUUAAUUAUAAGCCUAAUAGAGCUACUUUUAGUAUUUUGAUUAAUGGGUUGUGUAAAAAUGGGAAAACUGAUUAUGCGCUUAAGAUGUUUGAUGAAAUGACUAUGAGAGAUGUGGAGCCAAAUAGGUGUAUAUAUGCCAUAGUCAUUUCGGGUUUGUGUCGAUCAGAUAGGGCUGAUGAUGCUUGUAGGCUGUUAAUUAAGAUGAAAGAGAGUGGGUGUUCCCCUGAUUUUGUUGCUUAUAAUGCUUUGCUUAAUGGGUUUUGUGAGUUGGGUCGGGUUGAUGAAGCUUUCGCACUUUUGCUGUCUUUUCAAAAGGACGGAUUUGUACUCGGAUUACGUGGGUAUAGUAGUUUAAUUAACGGUUUGUUUAAAGCUAGGAGAUAUAAGGAAGCGUAUGAAUGGUAUACAAAGAUGUUUGAGGAUAAUGUUAAGCCUGAUGUUGUUUUAUAUGCAAUAAUGCUCCGGGGGUUAUCAGAAGCAGGCAAAGUUGAGGAUGCAAUGAAGUUGUUGACUGAGAUGACUGAAAGAGGUUUAGUUCCUGAUACGUAUUGUUAUAAUGCUGUGAUUAAAGGGUUUUGUGAUAUUGGUCUUUUGGAUCAGGCACGGUCCCUUCAGCUUGAGAUUUCAAGCCAUGAUUGUUUCCCUAAUACCUGCACUUACACCAUUCUUAUUAGUGGUAUGUGCCGGAAUGGGUUAGUUGGGGAGGCUCAGCAAAUGUUCAAUGAGAUGGAAAAGCUUGGAUGUUUUCCCUCGGUUGUUACAUUUAAUGCUCUUAUUGAUGGACUUUCUAAGGCCGGCCAGCUUGAGAAAGCUCACCUUCUGUUUUACAAAAUGGAAAUAGGAAGAAAUCCAUCACUGUUUCUGCGGCUUUCUCAUGGAUCCACUCGAGUUCUUGACAGUUCAAGCCUACAAACUAUGGUCGAGCAACUUUAUGAGUCUGGAAAGAUCCUUAAGGCAUACAGGAUUCUUAUGCAACUUGCUGAUGGUGGGAAUGUACCAGACAUCUUUACUUACAACAUUUUGAUCCAUGGAUUUUGCAAAUCUGGCAACAUUAAUGGUGCUUUCAAGCUCUUCAAGGAGCUGCAACUCAAGGGGCUUUCCCCUGACAGUGUAACUUAUGGAACUCUUAUUAAUGGUUUUCAAAUGGCUGGAAGAGAAGAGGAUGCCUUUAGAAUCUUUGAUCAAAUGGAAAAGAAUGGUUGUAAACCCAGUAUGGCAAUUUAUAGAUCACUUAUGACUUGGUCAAGUCGAAGAGGGAAGGUUUCAUUAGCUUUUAAUCUUUGGUUGAAUUAUCUGAGUAGCCUUCCUGGUCGGCAAGCUACAGUUAUCAAAGAAAUAGAAAAACAUUUUGUUGAGGGAGAAGUGGAAAAGGCAGUUCGGGGCUUGCUCGAGAUGGACUUCAAAUUGAAUAAUUUUAGUUUAGCACCUUAUACCAUUUGGCUUAUUGGGUUUUGUCAAGCAGGAAGAGUAGAAGAAGCUGUAAAGAUAUUUUCUGUUCUGGAGGAAAGCAAUGUUAUUGUCUCUCCUCCUAGUUGUGUAAGUUUGAUAGUUGGUCUAUGCAAAGAAAGAAAUUUAGACCUGGCAGUUGAUGUGUUCCUCUAUACACUAGAAAAGGGUUUCAAGCUAAUGCCUCGAGUUUGCAACUACCUACUCGGGUGUCUUCUUCAUUCUAAAGACAAAAGGAUGCAUGCCUUUGAUCUUUUGAGCAAAAUGAACUCUCAGGGAUAUGAUUUGGAUGCAUACCUUGAUGAAACUACCAAAUCUCUUUUAUAUAGACAGCGGCAUACAUGGGAAAUGGAAAGUGUGGCACCUGGAUGAAUUUUCAACUAAUGCGACAUGAUGGUCUUGCAAUAUAUAUUCUUUUGGCUAUUGCAGAAGCUUUUGAGUCAACUUAUUCAUGAUUAAUGUGGCUGAGUCCUAGUUUAAGAUCAAGGCUUGAUUUCAUUGAAAUUGGCUAAGAGGCUUUUGCUUCAGGGGAAUGAUCUUUUUCAAGUCUGAACUCUCCCAUUCUUCUGUUUGAGUGAUUCCAUCUUGUAAUUGUUGUACAACAAAGGCAAGGAGCCUGUCACAAUUUUCUUUUCGUCACUCAUUUCCUGUUGCACACUCUUCUUUGAUUUCAAUAUGUGGAGUACAAUUUUCAAUGGAGUGCUUCAAGAAUAACAGCAAGUGAGUUUUAGGAAAAUGGAUGACAUUGAACUUUUGUAUUCAUCCUUGUAUUUUGUGACUUGUAGACUGAAUUAGUUUGAAAAUUUAUUUGUUGUCUGAAAAGUAUGAAAAAUUCAUCUACAUGAAUAAAAGCUGCUUCAUUAUUGAUU